AUGGCGGACUCAUCAAGAUCUUCACUUAUAGAAAAGCUUCUAUACCUCCGCAGGGAGGCCUCCCAUCCAGCCUCCUUUCACCAACUGUCCGCUUUAUUAUCCUCACGCACCGAUUCUUGGCCCAUCCGACACCUAAUCCCAACAUUCCAGGACAUCUACAAGUCCAUUCCCGAAUCCCUCAAGGCCAAUAAUAAUGAAUCAAUCACCCAUCUCCGUUCACAAGUCAAAGCAGCCACCCCCAGCGUUGCAGAAUUAAUAGGAACAGACUCCCGCGCCGGGCUUAUCGACGCUAACACCGGACGGCACCUGACACAUAUUGCCAUUCGGCAGUUCUUGGAGAAUUUCAAGAUCCCAGUAGGACUCUCCCGCCAUGGGAAGCCUCGCAUCGCUGUCAUCUUGCCCAACGGCCCUCUUAUGGCAGUUGCUGUCCUUGCUUUCGUCAACAGGUACACCAUUGUGCCCAUGACUACGAACACGGUGGCAGAGCAACUGCAGACAGAUAUAGAAAAUUCACAAGCUGAUGCUGUUGUCGCGCUGGACGCUGACAUUGGCAAGUUGCAGCUCGACAACGGUACCCGGCCAGUGUUUGGCAUUGAGCAGCUUGAAAACUUGACUUUCCGCGUGGUCUCCGCACGGAAUACUUCUAGUGCAUACGACCAUCCCCCCAAUUCUGGGGAUGACAUUGCCAUUAUCUUGUUCACUAGUGGUACCAGUGGCACUAAGAAGCUGGUUCCCAUCACAACUUACAAUCUCAUCGCUGGUACCAUCGCUACUAUAGAGUCUGUGGAACUGUCCGAGACAGAUACAUGUCUUAACAUGAUGCCCCUGAACCAUGUCGGUGGCAUCAUGCGAAGUAUAUUCUCCCCCAUCCUCGCCGGCGGCGCUACAAUAUGUUGUCCCUCGUUUGACCCCAGCAUGUUCUGGGAUGCUGUGCAAGCCCCUCAUAUGACACCAACUUGGUACUACGCCACACCCACGAUGCAUCAAAUGAUUCUUGCCGAAGCCGAGCACCGUCCUGAUGCCGUUAAAAAAAGCGCCAUCCAGUUUAUCUGCAACGCUGGUGGUGGCCUCCCUCCAACGCUUGCAGUGCAGCUUCAUAAUACUUUCCACUGCGUUGUCCUCCCCAGUUACGGCAUGACUGAAUGUAUGCCCAUUGCUGCGCCGCCGAGGGACUAUAAGCUUGAUCGCCCUGGAACAUCGGGAAGGAUUGUUGGCCCUGAGGUUGCAAUUAUGACUGAGAGUGGCAAGCCUGUCCCGCAAAAUGGGAUGCUUGGGCACAUUUGCAUUCGUGGAUCACCUGCAUUUGAGGGAUACCUGACCCCUGCAGGUAGGAUUGAUACCAGUGCAUUCAAUGAAUCCGGCUGGUUCGAUACUGGUGAUCUUGGACAUCUCGAUGACGACAAUUACCUGUACAUCACUGGCCGCAGCAAGGAGGUGAUCAACCGUGGUGGCGAAAUUAUCUCUCCCGUCGAAGUGGAAAAUGCGGUGCUGACCUCGGCCAAGGACCCAGAGUCCCCGCUGUAUGGUCGCGUGACUGAGACAUUGGCCUUUUCUGUCCCAGACGAAGUCCUGCAGGAAGUCGUCGGUGUGGUUAUCGUCACUCCUCCAGGCUUCACUAGGCCGGAUCUUCGCCAGAUACACGAAGCGCUGCAGCCUAUUAUACAUCAGCCCAAGUGGCCUGCUCUGGUGGUGUACAUGGACGGCGUGCCAAAGGCAAACAACAAGAUUCAGCGGAUUAAGCUCGCAGACCGCCUGUCGUUGGAGACCUUAACCACGACUACGCCCCUGGCGAGCCGGCACUACGAAGCUGUCUGCCCGCCUACUGGUGCUCCGCUCAGUGCAUUGAUUCCGAAGAAGCCAUGUGUCAUCGAUGAAAGGGUUAUUCGCUCAGUUCUUAGCAAGAAGGCAAACACACCUGACGUGCACGUGCAAAUAAACCCGCGCGACGGGCUCGCGCAGGUUGUUUUGUUUGUCAAGAACCCCAAUGAUGACCAUGUGACACCUGCCGAGCUCCACAACCAGCUAGAUGGCUAUCUCGUACCUAGUCGUAUCAUUCUCCUCAAAGGCCCCAUGCCUCUUGAUUUCUACGGAAAACCUGAUCAGGCCGCUAUCAAUGAGGCAAUCCACGCCCGCAACUCCGAUGGCGACCUGUCACCCAUUCAGCGCCGCGUGCGUGAAAUCUUCGCUGUCGCCUUGUCUUGUUCACCAGAGGAAGUAUCCAGCGGUACCGACUUUUUUGCUGCUGGAGGUGAUAGUCUUAGUGCUGGCCGUAUGGUCUCUCAACUUCGUCGGGAAUUUGGUAUUUUCUUGGCCGGUGACAUUCUCUUCCACCACAGCACCGUUGGAGCAAUAGAGCAGAAGAUUAUCGAAGCUGUUCAAGUUAAGGCUGCCAAGGGCGAAGACGGCGGAGUUGAAUUGCCGGGUUGCGAGAAGACAUACAGCAGCACCAACCCAAUUAUCUUGGUUCUGCAUCUGUUCCCGACUGUCUUCUUCUUCCCUAUGAAGCGUGCAUUCCAGUGGAUGGUGUUCGCAUACGUCGUGGCCGAGUGCUCCAAUCGAUUUCCGAUUCGUGAGCACCUCAUUGCUCGUUUGAUGCUGGUUGUUUUCGCCGUGAUGUCUGCUCGCUUAUGCUCACAAAUUGUGUCUCCCAUCCUCGCUAUCAUCUUCAAGUGGCUUGUCAUCGGUCGCUACAAGGAAGGCAUGUCACCAAUGUGGGGCCCUUACCAUACGCGCUGGUGGUUAACCCAGAAAGCGACGCAGGUGUGUGGAAAGGGGCUCUUCAACAACUACAAUUGGUCUCGCAUUCUGUUCUACCGUUUGAUGGGUGCAAAGAUUGGAAAGAAUGUUACCAUGUCUGCAUCUGCCAAGCUUGGCGAGUAUGAUCUUAUUGAGAUCGGUGACAAUGUCGUUUUGGAUACCUGCGUUUGUCGCCCGUUCGCCGUGGAGCGCAACACCUCUAUGCUGUUGAAGCGCAUUCGCAUUGGUAAGGACUCGUCUGUCGGCAUCAAGUCUAUCGUCGCUCCCGGUGCUGAUAUCCCCGAGAGGACUUGCAUUGGUCCCAACUCGUCGAGCUGGGAACUCCAAGACGCCGAUGAGUCCAACCGCCAAUUGCUAACUUCUCAGAUUCCUAAGCCUCACUGGCUCUGGAUUCUCUUUAUUGUUGAACCAAUUAAGUUGAUCACUUGGAUGGCUACUCGUAUUACCUGGAUGGCUGGUCUUAUUCCUAUGGUUCUCCAGUUCCCUACCCCAGCGGCCGACAUGUUCCGGUCUACCCUAGAUUGGUACACCAGUGAUCACCGGAUUGCAUUCCACAUUACUGCACGGAUCUGUCGUGCGGUUGGUGGCCCAAUUGUGCUUUUUAUUGCGGUCUUGGUCAUCAAGUUCUUCCUGGAUCUCAUCUGUGGCAAGCCCAAGCCUGGUCCUGCCUCGAAACAGACGACUCGCCAAAAGAUUCGGAGUGCUGUGCUCGCGCAGAUCCUACCCGCAGGUGACAUUCACGAGCUCACUCGCCUGACUGGUCGUCACUAUGAAUUUGUCUCGAUGGCUGUCCGUGCCCUUGGUGGUAAGGUUGGCAAGCAUGUCUACUGGCCAAGUGUUGGUCCAGUCACGGUCGACUUCGAUCUCAUUGAGGUUGGUAAUGAUGUUGUAUUUGGUUCCCGCUCAACUCUGGUCACAUCCGAUGGCUACGGUCGGGACCGCAUCGUGAUUGGCGAUGGCACUAUGGUUGGUGAUCGUGUCGUCGCUUUGCCCGGCGCUACCAUCGGCCGUCAAGCCAUGAUCGGUUCCGGUGCUUUGCUUCGCCGUAAUGGUGAAUAUCCUUCCAACACUGUCUGGACUGGCAGCAAGGGUGGUGAGGCCAUACAGUUCCCAAGUUCCACCUCGACCACCACUUCGACCGCUCCAACUAUCAUUGGGGAUGGUAGCAGCAGCCCCAACAGCAGCGGUAGCGAAGACGAGAGAUCACCUACUGAGAAGACGCCCACUGAGAAGCAGACCUACUAUGGCAGUAAAGACAAGACUGUUACCGAGAUUGCUGAGCAGGAUGUGGAUACCUGUAAGCCAUUCGGUCGCGCCUUCUACCGCCAUGAGGCCAACUACUACGUCCUACGCAUGUGGCAAAUUGUGAUCUACUCUACCUUCGCAGUAAUUGUCACUACUGUCUAUUGGCUCCUCACUGUCUUGUUCUCCCUUUUCGCUCUCCGCACUAUCCUCAAGUACAGUGACGCCGCUGGUUUCAAGCAAGGCGCCUGGCGCCCCUUCGUUCUGUACGGCACUCUCGCCUCAAUCCUAUCCGUCAUCACCGCCGCUCAAGUCGUCCUCGCCUUUGCCAUCAUUCUCUCCAUUAAAUGGGCAGUCGUGGGUCGCCGCAAGGAAGGCUCCUACCACUGGGACAAGAGCAGCUACAACCAGCGCUGGCAAUUCCUCCUGUCCUGCGAGACCCUAAUCAAGGACUGCUACGACGGAGUUGGUCUCCUGCCCAUGAUCUCCGGCUCUGCCUACAUUUCCUGGUACUACCGCCUCUUGGGUGCGAACAUUGGAAAGGAUUGUGCGAUUCACGCCAAUGGUAGUCCCAGUAUAUUCUUUACCGAGCCUGACCUCCUCACCCUUGGUGACCGGGUUGCUGUCGACGAUGCCAGUUUGGUCUGCCACUUGAACUCGCGUGGUGGAUUUGAGCUGCAUACCUUGAAGGUUGGGGAUCGGAGUAUUCUGCGCGCUGGAUCCCGUUUGAUGUCCGGCGCUUCAAUGGGCCAGGAUGCUUGUCUUUUGGAACAUACUCUGGUCUUGUCGGGUGACCAUGUUGAGGAUGGAGAUACGCUCCAGGGAUGGCCCGCCGAAGGGUUUGAAGGGAAACGGGUUUAA